UGUUUUCUGGCGCUUAGUUUAUUUAAGGCUGUUUACUGAUUUAUUCUUUGAUUCUUUUGCUUUACGCAUUUAUAAUGGUUUCAUUAAAUUCUGCGAAAGAAAUUAUGUGAAAAUAAAAACUGCUUUCAGCUUACAGUAGAAAUGGUUCUCAUGGCUUGAAAGGAUAAUUGAAAACAAUCAAGAAACAUUAAGUCAAAAUUUAAUGAAAUUCCUUUUCCAAAUUGCAAGUUAAGCUCAAAACAAAUUGAUUUUCAAAAUUUACAAUCAAUCAAUUCAAGUUUCCUACAAACAUACAUACAUAAAACCCAAAGAGAAACACCCGUAAUGACAACCAUUGGCAAUACUGAGAAUCUGGAGCCAGUGGCCACCACCACGGAAUCAAUGCCACCACAACCGCAGGAUGAUUUACGUCUAUUCCUUAAACAUUUGUAUAUUCAAUGUUUUAAUCGUUAUGCAAAGUUUACCCUAAACGAUGGCAAUAUCACAUCGAUAUUAACAGACCAAGACAGAGAUUAUGAUGAGAGCGAUUUGGAGGGCAACAUUGAUAUGCAAUACGUGGAUCAAACGGCGGCCACCAAUAAUGAGCUUCAUGCCACAAUAUUUAGCACCCCCCUGGCUGCUGGCGUUAACAACCAUACGGAUGUCUUCUGUCCCUGGGACUUUGAUGGCUAUCGAUGCUGGCCACCCACACCAGCUGGCACCGUUUUAAGUCAACAUUGCCCAGAUUUUAUUGAAGGUUUCAACAGUAAAUUUCUGGCUUAUAAAACUUGCCUCGCAAAUGGUUCUUGGUUUCGUCAUCCAGAGAAUAAUAGAACCUGGUCUAAUUACACAACUUGCGUUGACCAUGAAGAUUAUGAGUUCCGGAAGUUUGUUAACCAACUGUAUGUGAAGGGCUAUGCUCUCUCUCUUCUGGCCCUGCUCAUAUCAAUUAUCAUAUUUCUUGGCUUCAAAUCCUUGCGUUGUACCCGCAUCCGCAUUCAUGUACAUUUAUUUGCCUCACUUGCCUGCAGUUGCAUUGCUUGGAUAUUAUGGUAUGUCUUUGUGGUGGAGCAACCAGACUUGGUUGCCGAGAAUCCGCCCUGGUGCAUAGCUCUGCAUUUGGUCAUCCUUUACUUUAUGCUCGUCAACUAUUUUUGGAUGUUCUGUGAGGGUUUACAUCUGCACUUGGUUCUCGUUGUGGUCUUUGUCAAGGACACAAUUGUAAUGCGUUGGUUUAAGCUGCUUAGCUGGCUAUCACCGAUUCUCUUUGUUUGUGUCUAUGGCCUGGCACGCUAUUUCAGUGGCAUUGAUAACAAACACUGCUGGAUGGAUGAGAGCUUGUUCCUUUGGAUAUUCUCUGUGCCCAUUACCCUAUCGCUUUUGGCCAGUUUCAUUUUUCUGAUCAAUGUUUUGCGCGUCAUCGUACACAAAUUGCAUCCGCAAUCGGCCCAACCAGCCCCAUUGGCCAUACGGAAGGCGGUGCGAGCUACAAUCAUUUUGGUACCCUUGUUUGGGCUUCAACACUUUUUACUACCCUAUAGACCGGAUGCUGGAGCCGAUCUGGAUCAAUUCUAUCAGCUGCUCUCUGUCGUUUUGGUCAGUUUGCAGGGCUUUGUGGUCUCGUUUCUAUUCUGUUUUGCCAAUCAUGAUGUUAUAUUUGCCAUACGGACAUUGCUUAACAAAUUGUUGCCCAGUUUGGUAUCCCCGCCACCAGUUGGGAGUAAUACUGGACAAUUGGCCACCACCACGCCCAGUCGCGAGUUGGGCGUGUAAACGAUAUGAAAGGAGAACCCGUCGAACUUAUGGUCAUGUACGAGCUAAUUCCGCACAGGCAAUGGCAGAGCAAAGAUUUUAGUAAAUUCUGAAAAAGCGACAGACAGAUAGAGAAAGAAAGAGAGAGAAAGAGAGAGAGAGAGAGAGUGAGAGAGAGUGAGAGAGAAAUGUCUAUGCCAAGCUUCUCAGCAAAUCUGAAAGGACACUACUGUUUCUAUCACAAAAGGAUACUGAAGAACUUUAUCUGCUACCAUUUAUAUCUUCAGGGCAUUCCAAUUUACUAACACACGAAUCAGAAUGGUACAUAUAAAUUUAAUUUUGGGUUACUGGAUCGUAGAACCAAAAUUUUUAAAUAGCAGUGGACCAAAAUAGAGCAAAGCUCUCUAUGUUCCGUCUAAGUAAAAAAGGAAAUCAAAAGGAGAACAGAUUACGAUGAGAUUACAACAAAACGUUUGAAUUCUUUUUAAAGAAAUAAACUCUUAAAACCGAACUCACCAUAUAUCAUAAUAAUAAUACGUAAAUGUACCUACCUGUCUUACUUUAAGAUGAAAAAAAUAGAUAUUUGGUUUCUAUUUUUUUUUUUUUUUGGUCACAUGUAGAGAAACAUAUGAAAAAUAUAUAGUACUAUAUAACGUUAUAUCAUU